AACCCCCGGACCCCCCUUCUUUUCAGAUUCCCAGAAUACCUCAGCCAUCUAACCACAAAGCUAACAAACAGACCCUCUCCGUAACCCUCCUCCUCACGAGCCUGGCCUCCCCAACCAUCCAAAUCGCCCCAAUCCUGGCCUUCCUCUUCACCACCGCUCUCUUCCUCACCAUCGAAUCCCACUACGCCACCCAACCCAUCAUCCCACUGCACCUUAUCCGCCAGCGCCCCGUGCACCUAACAUGCCUCGCCGGCCUGCUGACGAUGAUGGCCCGCUGGGCCGUCCUCUUCUACACGCCGGUGUACGCCAUGGUCGUGCGCGACUGGAGCCCCGCCUCAGCAGGGCUGAUCCUGGUCCCCACGAACGCCGGCUUCGGCCUCGGCGGCGUGCUCGCCGGGUGGCUGCACAUCCGCCAGGCGCAGAGCUACUACCUCGCCAGCCUGCUGGCCUACGCCCUCUUCGCGCUGGCCGCGCUGCUCCUCGCCCUCCUCGCCGUCCCGGCCGCCCCCGUCCUCGCCGUCGUGGCUGCCACAUUCCUGCAUGGGUUGGCCGUGGGCGCCCUCCUCAACUACACCCUCUCCCACCUCCUCCAUCUCACCCCCCCGACCAUGCAUUACCUGGUCGGCGCGCUGGUCGGCAUGAGCCGCGGGUUCGCGGGCAGCUUCGGCUCCGCCAUCGGCGGGGGGUUCUUUGUCCGGGCGUUGCGGCGCGGGCUGGUGCAGGGGUUCGCGGAGCACAGGGUCGACGCGGAGAGGGAGACGGAGCUGGUGCGCAAGCUGGUGGGCAGUCCCGCGUUGGUGCAGGGGUUGCGCGGCGUCGAGAGGGUGGUCGCCGUCGCGAGCUAUCAGGCGGCGUUGCAGCGCUUGUUUCUGGCCAGUUGUGUGCUGAUUCUGCUUGCUGCGGGGGCGCAGGCCGGGACCGGGUGGAGGGGCACUGGGAAUGGGACGGAGAGUGGGGGCAAGGCUGGGGAUGAGGGCGAGGAAAGGGACGGGAGGGUUUAGCUUGCGGUGCUGUGCUGGACUUCUGCUUCGCGGCUGGUGGGCGUUCCCGGGGGAGAACCCCCGGACCCCCCUUUCUUUCAGCUUCCCCGUAUAACGCCGCCUUGGCCCUUCUCUAUAGAUUAUGCUGGACAGGGGUUGCGG